UGUGAGCUCACGUUACAACGGUUAGAUUUUGUGAUCAUGGACAUUGUAUUUAAAACAGCUAGUCGCCCUUAUUAUCAGUGAUCUGGCACCACAAAGAACAUAAUAUAUUUCGAAGAGCAUGUCUUCGUUGUUAUUUCAGUGUUUAGUUCCGUCCAGAAGUAAAUAUAGCGUCAUUAGCUUUUUCGAGUUGGCAACUGUGGCACGGCGGGUGUGUCAGUAGUCUAUUGCCUACCCAUUUAGAACAACCUUGUGGCAAUUCUCUCUCUUGUGAUUCAGAAUUCGUAACAUUCUAGAAUAUUACCUUAACUGAUUUAUAUAUCUGCCUUCCUGCACGGAUUGUGUAAGAACUUAUACAACAAUGGAGGGCCAGGAAGUCAGUUCGAAGGAUGAGGAACAUAAGAUGUUACCUGUCGAUGGUCCAGGCUGGUCGUACGUAAACGGGAUCCUGCACUGCGAUGGCAUGUCAUUGGAGGAUUUGCGGAUGUCCCUGAAGAGGGAUUACGGCCUCCAGGGAUCCCCAGCCUACAUCUAUUCCCACUCAGCUUUGGUCGCCAAUGUUAAGAAGUACACGGAUGCCCUGUGUCCUCUUGGAGAACGUGGGGUAUUGUCGUAUUCCCUGAAGGCCAAUAACAACUUGCGGGUGUUGGAGGCGCUGAGGCAGGCGGGCGUUAACAUGGCAACUACGGUUAGCGGGAAUGAAAUCCUAAUGGCAAUGAAGGCGGGGUUCGCUGCAACAAAUAUUAUCUAUAAUGGAACCGGUAAAAGAAGGUGGGAAGUGGAAAUGGCGAUCAAACAUGGAGUGCUGCUCAACCUCGACUCUGAUUCGAUGCCCGGUUGAUCGCGGGGGUGGCCAG